UGCCAGACCCUUUUCAGUGGACGAGGAGCGAGGCACCGACCCCCCGGCUCGGUGGCCCGAGGGUCGGGCCCUCAGCGGGCGGGGCCGCCCCGCUCCCGCCCCGCUCCUCCGCAUGCGCGGCCGCCGCUGCCGCCAUGGCGGGCGCGCUGGGCGGAAUGUUCGGCUCGCAGGCGCCGGGGCCGCCGCCGCCGGGCCCGCCCGGCCCGCCCGGCCUCAUCCCGCCGCCCGCGGGGCCGCGCAACCCCAACAACACGCUGGUGGACGAGCUGGAAGCGUCUUUCGAGGCCUGCUUCGCCUCGCUGGUGAGCCAGGACUACGUGAACGGCACGGACCAGGAGGAGAUCCGCACCGGUGUUGAUCAGUGCAUCCAAAAGUUUCUGGAUGUUGCAAGACAAACUGAAUGCUUUUUUCUACAAAAAAGACUGCAACUAUCAGUCCAGAAACCAGAACAAGUAAUUAAAGAGGAUGUUUCAGAAUUAAGAAAUGAAUUGCAGAGAAAAGAAGCAUUAAUUCAGAAGCAUUUGAGUAAACUGCGACACUGGCAACAGGUCCUGGAAGACAUCAGUGUACAGCACAAAAAGCCUGCAGAAAUGCCUCAAGGUCCAUUAGCUUACCUGGAACAAGCAUCUGCAAAUAUUCCUGCUCCAAUGAAGCAAACAUAAUCUUCAGUUUUACACAGCUCAGUAUUUUAAAAGCAAUGGUGUUCUUUGUAUGCUUUUUGUAUAAUGUAAUUUGUACUGCAAAUGUAGUUAAAACAAGCCAAAUAAAUUUUCUUAUUUCCUUCUUUUAUUACAGAAAUAUGGAAUGGUUUUAUGUUUUAAUGGAAAAUACUCAGAGUUCCUGUUCAGGGUGCUUUCUGGUAGAAGUGUGUAUUCCAGAAUGCAUCCUGUUCCUUCUAGAGAGGGUGGCCCUUGCUUUCUCCUCUCUUUGGUCAAAAUAUUUGCAAAGAUUAGUGUUUGAUUUUUCUGGAAUGUUUAAAUGUUUUGUGAUCCAGUAAUUAUCCAUGAGUACUACUGCAGAAACACUCAUAGAAUUGUCUGUAUGUAGGUCAGAUCACUUUUUUUUUUAAGUGAAUUAUCACUCUCCCACCAUACUGGCUCACCUCAUGAAAGGUGUCUUGGGAUAUUCAAAUUUCGUUCUUAUAGGAUGAACUGAAAUGGAAAAACACACACAAAAGAGUGGGAUAUGUAAUGGAGGCCUCAUAUUACUGAUGUUCUGACUCUCGGGCUACUGAAGAGGUAUUCCAAAAUGCCUUCUCCAAAAUACAGACCACUCAUUGUGGAGGUGGGAUCACCACCACUGACCAGAAUACAGAAUUACCUUCUAUUGGAGUGCUCUAUUUAGUAAGUUAAAUGUAGCCAAAAAAGUUUUUGUAAGCAGAAAUAGCAAAAGAGUCCUUUCUCUGUAUUACUAAGCAAUAAAUUUAAUUCAUCCACUUCUCUA